AUGGCGGACACCAAAACAGUCUCACUGGCGCUGCUCGCUGCCCUCGCACUUCCUGCUGUUGCAGCCGACCUUCCUGCAGGAGUUGUCGCCGUGCCUUUGGUCCGAGCACAGGCACUUGAUGCAUACUACGCAGAAUUCCAAGUUGGAACGCCGCCGCAGAAGGAGUAUCUCAAGGUCGACACUGGCAGCCCGUUUUAUUCCUUCCUGGACCCGCGCAACCCCAUGUGCACCCAAGCCUCGCAGCCUUGCAGUACUUAUGGCACUUUCAACAACUUGACUUCUUCAACUUGCCACUAUGAAGGUGCCUAUUUUGCGGAUGGCCUGGCCCAACGCGGUUAUGGUGACUUCCUCAACGACACUUUGAUCCUGGGCGGCGUGACCAUGCCAAACAUGUACUUUGGCUACACAUCUGGAUAUUCAACCAUGAGUUACGUCUCGAACCCAACUGCCACCAUUCUCGGCUUGACGUUGAACUGCGCCGUGACUGGUCCACAAUGUACAUGGGCAGGACCGUACCUGUUACCGCAAAUGAAGAAUGCUUCCGUAAUUGAUAUUAUGGCAGCAAGCUUCUAUCUUGGCCUGGAUGAUGCCAACGCCACUAAUGCAAUGAUGCUUCUAGGUGGAGCCUAUGACAAAGCAAAGGUCGACGGCGACUUGUUCACGCUGAACAUGGUGGAUCCACAGAGCAUUUACCUCACUGACAGUCAAACAAACUAUGUGAACGUCACGGCAAUGGAGGUUGUCCUUGACGGUGGUAAUCGCACUUCACAAACCUACGGAGACGAGGGUGUUGGUAUCCCUAUCUUGCUUGAUACCGGUACCGCAUCCUGGUACAUGAGCGAUUCAAUUUUCCAGGCUGUCUACCAAGGACUUGGCGGCCAAGGCAGUGGUGAUAAUUUGAACCGUGUCCAAGUUAUCGACUGCCUGUACCGUGAUCCCAGCCAUUCAAAGAGCUACAUUUCCGUCGAGUUUGGCACUACUGGAAAGGUCCAAAUUCCCCUGUCCAGUCUCGUAUCCAAGUUUGCUGAUGGCACAUGUGGCUCCUUUAUCACACCUCGCGGUGAUAGUGCGAGCACAAUGGGUGAUACAUUUCUUCGUGGCGUAUACACCAUCUUCGACGAAGAGAACUGGACAGUUACAAUGGGUAAUGUGAGGCACACAGCCGAGCAACAAAUCGUACCAUUCCCGAAAGGGGGGUUCAAGGCCAAGGCUUAG